CUCAACCCUAAUACCCUAUCUAUUGACAGAAUCCCCACCCACCAUUCAUUCUGAAAUCUGAACAACGCCAAAGAGAGAAAGAGACGAUAAGAAGAAGGGCCUGAUUGGCACAAAACCAAGAGAAUCAGGUCAUGCCUCCGCCGUCCCCCCAUCGCCUUCGCCGACGAUCGCCGAUGCCGCCACCACACAUAAAUGCCUCCGCACGCCACCUCGUCCCACACACCUUCAUUUCCCCUCGGCACCAUUCGCGAAGUUCGUAGGGGGGGACAUGGUACACAUUGUCCAUUGCUCGCCAAACAUCUUGUUGGAGGGGAGAGUGUUGGGAAGAAAGGAGCGUCACAGGAUGUGUGCCUCAGUAUAUAGAAUGUGACACACAUAACUUUCAAGCACGCAAGACUUGGACAAAUGUCACGAGUGUGUUCGCACGCUGUAAUCCUAACACGGAGAGUUGUACUUUUAAAUAUGGCAUAUAUGAAAGUGCUUUUUCUAAUGAUAUUCUCUCCGACGUUCCUUUUAUGGAAAAGUGCUCCUUUUGUUUCAAUUGGACGGAGGAAGUAGUGCUUAAUUACUACGACCAACCACCGGGUAUAAAUUUCUCUAUUGCCCUUAAUCUUCUUCACCACAUCCAUUCAUUACUUAUCCCAAUCUUUGCUCUUUACUUGUUUCCAACUCCACACUAAAUGGCCAUGACAAAUGAAAAAACAAUAAGUCAUUAAGCAGGAAUUAUGAUCCUAUAUCCACACACAGACAUAAUUAUGUGCAGCAAGAUGCUUAGUAUUCUUUGCCAAUGGGCACUCAUCUUGGAUCAUUUGGUUUUUAUUCGCCCGCUGUUCAGAGGGAAACUUGUGUGUUCUACAUCGCAAAAUUUUGAAAAUUGCCCCCAUUCUUCGCUCUAUUGUAGAUUUUUUUCAUCUCCUUCUUGUCAUUCUUAAUUUUAGAACUGCGUGUGUUGAUCCCAAUACUAUGGCAUUUGGAAGAGGUGAUGAAGCCUAAGGACAUCACCAAAAGAUAUCUAAGAAAAGACUUUAUCUUUGAUCUCAUUGCAAAUUUGCUUCUCCCCGAGGUUACUAGGGUCACUGGAUCUCUAGAAAAAAGUGUACGAGUUGGGGCUGCAUACAAUUUAAUUUUCUACUUGUUGGUUAGCCAUUUCGUAGGGGGGGGCAUGGUACACAUUGUCCAUUGAUCGCCAAACAUGUUGGAGAGGAAAGUGUAGGGAAGAAAAGAAUGCCACAAGAUGUGUGCCUCAGUACAUAGAAUGUGACACACUUGACUUUCAAGCACGCAAGACUUGGGCAAACUUCACGAGUGUGUUCGCACGGUGUAAUCCCAACACGGUACUUGCAGUCUAUGAAGAAGAUGACGAGUGAAUGGAGAAGAAAGCAAAGAAACGCCGAAGAGUGGAUGCAACUUCGUCAAAUUCCCAAACCCUUGAAAAAAAGUGUUGGCAAUUUUUCGAGUGUCAAUGGCUUGCAACUCUAGGUGUCAAUGAAGAAUCCAUCCUAAAUGGUGACUUGCCUUUAGAUCUGUCUCCCAGCCUUCAAAACAUCUAUCCUUCGAACAUCUCCAACGUGUUUAAAGAAAUUCACUUUACGAUACCAUCUUUUAUUCGUUUACUUUUUUGGUGUCCUAACGGAUGUUUUUUUCAUCUUCUUUCAUUUGGCCAGGUACCUAUUUUCUCAAGGAUGGAUAAUUAACUGCUUGAUGCCUUACCAAACGUAUAAUCUCAAAGAUGGGCAUGCAAGGCACAUACAUAGUGCGAGAAAGCAGCCUGGUCUUAGAGGUGUUCUUUUGGGAGGAACUGAGUAAAUGAGUGCAAGAGCAACCUAUGAGGGUCUCUAAUUUAGACGGGUUGCACAACCAAAAGCUACAGCACACAUUUUGCUUCUCUCACUAUUGGCAUGGGUAACCCUUUUCAUGUAAGUAUGCAAUGAUACAUUACUUCUAAAGGAUGACAAUAGCCAAUGAUUCAUUUGUGGUUAGAUUUUUUGUGGUGCAUCUUUUUGUAUAGGUAUGCCAUAUGUGUUAAGUCCUCUGCUUGACUCAACAUCAUCAUCGCUCUCGUAGAGGCAGGAGGCAUCAUGGCAAUAGAUUCCUUGCUUGUUAUGGUAUUGAAGAACCCGGUCCGGCCUCCGUCAGUGGUGGAACUCUCAAGGUUUUUUGUCACUAUAAAGAACAUCUCUGAGACCGGGUCGUCUUCUCGCACUAUGUACCUAUUUUCUCAAAGAUGGAUAAUUAAUUGUUUGAUGCCUUACAAAACACAUAGUCUCAAGGAUAGGCAUGUAAGGCAUAUACAUAGUGCGAGAAGGCGACCCGGUCUCAGAGAUGUUCUUCAUACUGAGGGAGCCUUGAGAGUUCCACCACUGACUGAGGCCGGACCGGGUUCUUCAAUACCAUAAUAAGCAAGGAAUUCGUUGUCAUGAUGCUUCCUGCCUCUACGAGAGCGGUGAGGACGUUGAGUCAAGCGGGGGACUUACAACAUAUGGCAUACUAGUACAAAAAGAUGCACUACAAAAAAUCUAAAUUAAAGACCCUCAUAGGUUGCUCUUUUACUUAUGUACUCAGUUCCUCCCAAAUUAAAGUGAAAAAGCUUGCUCUUGCACUCAUGUACUCAGUUCCUCCUAAAUAUGUAAUGAAAAUAACAAUGUUUC